AUGUCUUUAGCUAGAACAAGUUAAAGUUCAAAACAUUAAAGGAAUAGUGAGAGUCGUUUUCAACAAUAAAUUAAAACUUUAGUUCAGAAUAUCAAUAAUCCACCUUAAAGUUUAACAUAAUAAUGGAUAAAAGAUAAGGAAAAUGAAUAAAAAUAAUUAUUUGAAGAAGUUAGAUAAAGCGAAUUUGCAGGAAGAUCAUAAACAAUUACAUAAUUAACAGAGUUAGCAAAAAAAAUUGGAAAAAUAAAGAAAAAUUUUUUAAGUUUUACGGAUGAUCGAAUGAGAACACCAGCAUCAGAUAAAAAGAGUCGUAAAUCUACUAAAUCAGGGAAAUCAGUGAAAAGUUAAAGUAGAAAGUAGAGCAAAUUAUCCCAAUCAAGAGGGUAAUUGAAAAGCCUAGAACAGAGUAGAAGUAAAUCAUCAAAAAAAAGUAAAAAAGGAUUAAAGUCAUCAAAAACACAAUAAACUCCAAAAUUUACAAAAAAAACUUUUGAAAAUAAGUUAGGUAGUUUUUCCAAGGUUGUGUAAAACUAAAAAGAUAGCAUAAGACCUAAUGUUAGAAAAACAGAAUCAAGAGGUUCUAAACAUGUUGCAGACCGUAGUUUAAGGUAAAAUUUUUAAAUAUAAUUAAGUCCACCUAGAUCAACUUUAAAUUCAUCUAAAAAAUAAUAAUAUAAUAGAAAAGAGUAUGGUACUUAUUAUGACGAUGGAAGUUCAAUAACAGAAUCAAGUGAUUCAAAAGAAAUGAUAAACCUAAAAGUAAACUCAAAAAAACAAUUAUUAAAAUAUGAAACUCUUCUUGAGAGUGAAAGAAAAGGGCUUGAUACAGAAGUAUGCUAAUUAAGUAGAGAAGAAAAUUUAAUGCUUACAACAAAAUUAGAAUCAGUUUCUAAAGAGAAACUCCUACGAGAAUAUCGUGUUUUAUAUUAUAGAAGUAAAGAAGUCAGAAAAUUAUUAACUGAGUAUUAUGAAUAGAAUCUAAGUCUUAGUGAUGAAUUAAAUGAUUUAAAGCAAUUAUUAUCAGAAAAAUGUACUCAAAUUAAAUAGUUAAAAAAAGAUUUAAAGAAUUAAUCAAAAGAAUUUAAAUUAAUGUAAGAUGAAUAUAGCAGCAAAUUAGAUUAGCUUGGUAAGUCAUAUUAAUAAUAAGAAAUGAAUUCUGUUCCUCUAAAUGAUUAUGAUAGCAUUAAAGAAGAAAAUGAAAAGCUCUUAGUAGAAAAUGAAAUGUUAAAAGAUGAUUAUAAAGAUAUUGCUUAAAAAUUAUAAUAACUAGAAAAUGACAUUUAUUAAAAGAGACAAUAUGAACAUCCUGAUUAAGAUAUUUCUCAAAGACUUUAAAGAGAAGUUGAUUCUUUAAAAGAUUAAACAGAAAAAAUAAGAGAAGAAAAUAUAAAACUUAAAUUAUAAUUAGACAAAGAAAUGCUUACUAAUAGAGAAUUAGCUUAAUAAAUAAAUUUUAAGAAAACUGAGAUUGAUGGAACAUUUGAGCUGAAAUAAUAAGAAUUAGCCUAAACUAAAGCAUAACUAUAAUCUGCAAAUUCUAAAGUUUAAAAAUUAGAGUAAUAGAUUAGCCAAAUGAAAUAUUAAAUUAUAGGAGAUCAAGAGUAAUCUUUCUAGGUCAAAGAAAAAAUAUAGAGAUAAGAAGAAGAAUUAAGAAUAGCUAUUCUGAAAGUUGAAAAUAGAGAAAAAGAAUUAAAUGAGUCAAAACAAAAAGAAUUAGCAUUAAAAAAGAUAAUUUUAGAACUUGAAUAAAAACUAGAUAAUUAAUCCUCCGUUUCUCAAAUAUAUUAUGAGCCAAAUUUCUCUAUUAACAAAUCAAAUCAUGCAGAAUCAUGUAAUAUUUAUUAUUAAACUCUUAGAUUUUAAUAAAGAAUUAUAAGCUGAAAGAUAAUUUUUAGUAAAAACUUAAGAAUAAUUGUUGACUCUUUAAGUAGAAAAUGAAUAAUUAAAAAGAAACUUGAAGUAGUUAGAACUAGAGUUAUCUUUUGAAAAGUAGACUAAUGAAUAAAUUAAGUCAAGAUUAGCAUAAAUUUAACAAGAAAAGGAUGUUUCAAUUUAAAGGGUACAAAAAUAAUUUGAUGAAAUGGAAAACACUCGAUAAAAAGAACUGAUGGUAGUUGAAUAAUCUUCUAAAAAUUAAGAAAAUAUGUUAUACAGUGCUUAAUAGAGAAUUAAUGAUUUAGAAAGCGAACUAAGAAUCUUAAAUAAAUAAGAGUAAGAAUUAAAGAAUCAAAUUAAUGACUAAAGAAUACAAAUUGAAAGAUAAUAAUUAAAAAUUGAAUAAAAUGAAAUGAAGUUAAAUGAUUUACAUGAUUAGAUUUAUCAAAUUUAAUCUGAAAACUAGCAUUUGAAUGAAAUAAAUAAGUAACUCAGAAUCUAACUUUAAUAAUUAAAUAGGGAAGUUGAUUAAAUUGACAGAAUAAAGGAUAAUUAUAAAAAUAAAUAUUUAAGUAAUAGACAAGAUAACAAAAAAAUAAUAUAUUAACACCCAGAAGUAUUUAUAAACUAAUAUCUAGAAAGAAAAUGUGAUGAAAUAAACAUAUACUAAUGAAGUAGAGAGGAUAAGAAGUGAAAAAGAAUAGCUAGAACGAUUAAAAAAUUAAGAAGAACAAUAACGAAAUUCAAGAGAUAAAAAACUGUAAGUUAUCAAUGAUUUACAAUAAAUGAUAAAAGUCAAUAAAAAAUCAUUCGAUAAAUGA